AUUUCUUGAGCCGAUGUCGCCAUGUUGGAGAAAAAAAUCCUCCUCCUCCGUAAAAAUAAAAGGCUAAGGCAAGCCUAGAACGCGCCGCAGGCCGCAGAUCAUAACAGUGCAUAACAGGUCGACCGUCGGUGUGCGCGGUCGUGUAUUCUCUCGUUAAUAAUGAAGCGUAAAAAUGUGACGAAAAAUUGCCGGUGAUAAAUAAUAAAGGUAAACCAGUGCUACAGUCAGCGACACUCGUGAUUUUGACGUACGAUCAGCCGUGAUAAUGUUGCAUACGUGUUGUUCAGUAAUUGUAUCGUGGAGGAAUGUAAAUAAACCGUUGAUUAGGUGACUGAUUACCCAUUAAUCACGCAUAUUGAGGAACGAAUAUGCUUGUGGACAGAUACUCUGGUCAAGUGGAAAUCCAAAGAUGAAUUUGCUGAUAUACAGUGGACUCGGAGGCUCUGUGAUUCUCCUCAUAGCACUAUUUGGCCUAGGAACAAUUAUUAAAAUAAUUUUAUGCCUCUUCGUCUUAAUCUUAGGAACAUUAACUUGUAUAUACCGAAAAUAUGCGCCAAACCUCGAGGAGAAUAUCAAACUCAACCGAGAAAACUUAUUCAAGAAGACUGAAAAACUACAACGGACUAUCGAAGAGCUCUCGAAAUCCAAGGUGACAUUCACCCUGGACAAGCGCGUCACCGGUAGCCCAAUAAUUGACGAGUCCCUCCAGGAGAUCCUGGACUUCGUCCUCCGGGACUACGUCGAGCCCUGGUACAGCGUCCUAACCAACGACGACGAGUUCCCCCGUUCAGUCCGCGACACAGCUCAGAAAAUCGCGAUAAACAUUGCGAACCGCGUGAAGGACGUGGACUGGAUCCCCUACCUGACGACUCGUCUCGUCGACGACGCGGCGUCCCACAUGCGUUUGUACCGUCAGGCCCGCGCCAAGAUGAAACCCUCAAAGCCCCCGAAGACGAGUUCCUCGAGCAACUCGAGUGGCACCCCAAAGCGCUCGCCAAGCCACCGGCGAAACAAGAGCGAGACCGACAUCUCCUGGUACUCCCAGUCAAAAUUCUACAUUCCAAACUUGACGUCGUUAACGGAGCCCAUAGACUGUCAGAACGACGCGAAUAACGACCUCGAGAACAUCUUCUUCGACCUGGAAGUCCAGAUGGAGAACAACCUGAUCAGUCGUGACUUGGUCUGCACGAACGAGGAGCAGGAGCUCUCCUUCCUCCGGGAGUUGUCAGAGAUUCUGUUGUAUCUACUCCUCCCUAAAACCGACUUCGACUGCUUGACAGUGCGAUUCAUCCUUCGCGAGCUCCUAGUGAACGUCAUAAUCAUCCCCCUGUUGAACCUCUUCUCAGACCCCGACUACAUAAACCAAGCCUGCAUAUGGCUGUGCACCAAAGACUCGACCCUCCCGAGUGACGUCUUCCUGACGAUAAUAAGGAUAACAGACAGCCUCGAGGAGUUGACCGCCACGGAGAACAUCGUGUGCAGUGAGAUCGCUCAUUUGAGGUCUAAAGACUCUGGCGGAGACGACGAUCUGAUAGUCAAACAGCAGUUGAACAGUCUUCUGUACGUGAAGAAGAUCCUGGAGACGAGGAUAGUCAGCAUGCAGGACGGUCUCGACGCAGAGACUGACGGCGUUGGUGUCCCACCAGACUGGAAUCGUCUCCUCGUCCCAGGCCACAAGCUUGUUAACUUACCGCUGGACGAACUACUUAAGAACAACAUCGCUCUCAGCUACUUCAUAGACUACAUGACCAGCGUCAACGCAGAGGCCUACCUCUACUUCUACUUAAACAUUUACGGGUGGAGGGUCUCAGCUGAACAGCAGAUAUCGGACAUAGAGUUGCAAAAGCUACAGUCCAGCAACCAGUCGAGCCAAACUAAAAGGAAGAAUGUUAAUCUUGAGAAUCUUAAGGAAGCGGCUAUGAAGAUCCAUCAGCAGUAUCUCGGUGAGAAGGCAGUGACGCGACUGCAGUUGGAUGAUAACUUGGUCAAGAAUCUGCUGACGAGGAUCAAGGUAGAGACUGUCAAGGAGACCUGGUUCGAUGAGCUGCAGAGCUGCUGCUAUGAGAAGCUGAAGAACGAGGACAGAUUCCUCCCUUCGUUCAAGCGAUCGAUGUCUUACCUUAAACUACUAGCUGAGCUGGACCUCCUGAAGGAGGACGACAGCAAGUCUUUGGAUGGGAUCAGCCUGUCAAGUAUGAACAACGAGGUGGAUCCGAUGGACGACCUCUCCGGGAAUGAUCAGGUCAAGUACUCUUCUGGGGACAGUGUGAAGUCGAACUCCAAUUCCUCAGCAAGUUUGACGAGCAUGGAGAGGGAGAGUGCGGGCUACGACGAGCCUGAUGCCGACGGGAAUUUCAAGAGACCUUUCGACGUCGAGGGGAGAAUUCUCGAGGGCAAGGAGGCGUCGUUCUACCUCGAGGGACAUGCGGAGCAGAUAAUCAAGCUUGACGACGCAGCUUGCGAUCAGAAUGCCAUAAAGAAGCUGCAGCAGGGCAGGUUCGAGAUCACUGCGGAGAUCAUUGAGACUGGGGUUGUCAACGACAGGGGGAAGACCUAUGGGAUUUAUGCUGUUGCUGUCUCGAAGAUCUACGACUCUGGGUACAAGGAGAAGUGGCACAUCUACAGGAGGUACUCGGACUUUCACGAUCUGCAUCAGAAGAUCAAGGAGAAGUACUACGAUCUGGCGAAGCUGCCGUUUCCGGCGAAGAAGGCCUUCCAUAACAUGGAGAGGGCCGUUCUGGAGAGGAGAAUGGCGAUGUUGAAUGCCUGGUUGUGCAGACUUACGAAGCCCAGCAUCACGGAUGGUCAUAUGGGACUGCAGAACAUGCUGCUGGCCUUCUUGGAGCAGGGGGAGUAUGACAAAGGGGUCACUGGGGGCCACAUCUCCAGGACCAUUGACACUCUGGUGAAUCCUCUGAAGACUUCUAUGAAGAGUGUCACGCAGGCCGUUAAGACCAUGCCUGAUAAUAUGCUGAGUACUGUGGAUGGCGUCAUGGAUAAUAUCAGCAAGUUCUUUGGGAAUUCCAGGAAGAAUAGUGUGCUCUAUGAGAGCGUCAAGGUUGGCGCUGGAAUUGAUGCCGAGACGGAUGACAACAUACCCUUGAGGAUUAUUCUGCUUCUAAUGGACGAAGUAUUCGACCUGAAAGUGAGGAAUCAAUGGCUCAGGCGGAGAAUCGUCACACUCUUGAGGCAGAUCAUUAGAACAAUGUUUGGGGACAUUGUGAAUAGGAGAAUUGUAGAAUAUGUUUCACUGCUGACUAGUCCCAAGAAUGUUGCUACUUAUCUAAAGCUGUUUAAACAAAGUCAAUGGCCAAAUGGUGCGAGAGCAGAAGCAAGACCUCCCCGAGACAGCGAGACAAAAAAUCGAACUCGAGUUGCAGCUAAAAUUGCCCUCCUCUCCUGCCUAUCCGACGAAUUGAAACAUAUCAUUGGUAGUGAAACAACAAGAUGUGGACUAUUACGUGUAUUUGAGUUAUUUCAACGUCCAGUACUCAACAGAAGACUGCUCUAUGUUCUACUAGAAGGUAUUAUUGAGAAUCUAUUCCCCCAGAAUGACUUAGUAACCAUCAUUAGGAAAUUGUACUCAGUAUCGCCGAGGGUCAAGAGUAAAAAGACGAGCUCUUGACAGGAGUUUUAUCAGCAGAGACGAUCUAGUGAUAUGUCUUAAGGGGUUUCAUCUGCGAAAACAAAAUGAUGACAUUGAUGCGGCAUUUUUGUAGAAAUUUCAUCACAGUUAUUACAUCAUGUGCAAUUUUUCUAGAUUUCAUUUCCAGGUUAUUCACCUCAAUAGGAAGAUUUGAUGAGAUUUUUUCUUCUUUUGUUCGAUUAUUCAUGCCAAAUUUUGGCCAAAUUUAAAGUAAAACUUUGCUAAAUAUUUUUUUAAAUAAAAAACUAUUGAAUUUGAUUGAAUUUCAUUUUAUCACUCAUUUAAUUUAACUUUUAACGUUAUUUAUUGCAAGAAACACACAUUCUUACAAAUGGCCAUUGCCCGAGGGCCUUGAUCAGCCUAGAAUUCACUUCUUUUGUACAGUAUCAAAUUAGUUCCAUCCGUACAGUAUCAAAUUAUCUCUAUCUCGCUCAUUUAUUUAAUUAAAAAUGAAUAAUUCAAUCAUGGAAUUUAUGACGAAUUAAGAAAUUCCGUAAUUUUGAAAUCUAAAAAUCCAGAUUAAUGUCAUUAUUUUCAUUUUACGAACACAAUACCUUAAACUUAAAAUUUCAAAUCUUCAAGUGAUGGCUAAUUUUUCAUUGUCUAAAAUUGAGGAAGGGAAAAAAUGUGAAUCCAAGGCAACUUAUUUUGCUGGAAACAUCGCGUGCAAUUCUCCUGUAAUUUCUCUAGAUUUUGUUUCCAAGUUAUUAACCCCAAUAGGAUGAUUUCCUGAGAUUUUUCUCUUCUUUUGUACUAUUAUUCAUGUCAAAUUAUGUCUAAACUUGAAGUAAAACUUCGCAAACUAUUUUUUAUAUUAAAAACAUUAUGGGAAAAUAUAAUUUCAAUUAAGUAAACGAAUGAUAACAUUAUGAAAUUCCUUACGAAUUAAGAAAUUCCAUAAUUUUGACGGCUGAACAAUUCAUUUAGAUAAUUUAUGCGUAAAAAAGGGAAUGCCAUAAGAAAUAACUUUGAUUUUUAGAAGAGAGAAGUUGGAGAGGCAAGGCAGACGAAUGGGGAGCCUAUAAAACCGUAAUGGUAGUAGGAAAGAAAUAUGAAUUAAAAAAAAUUUUAAUAACUUUGAUUCUUAAUGAGUUCAAAACGAAAUCUAAAAAAAUUCUGGAAGAAUUCAGGCACAAUCCGACUGUCGUUAUCCCAUGUUAAAUCCAGAUUAAUGUCAUUAUUGACAUUUUUCGAACAAAAAACCUUAAACUUCAAAUUUUAAAUGUUCGAGUGGUAAUUUUUCACUGUGAAAAAAUGAGAAAGAAAAAAAGGAAUCUCAAGGCAACUUAGUUGCUGGAAAACCGAAUGGUCCAAGAGUCUGAGUCGUAUGAAAGGAAUAAAAAUAAUCGAAAUAUUAAAUUUUUACUUCAGUCGUAAAAUAUAAGAUCUACUUCAAGAUCAAUUUCUGGAAAUUACUUUCGAAUCUGAGGGAGAUUGAAGAAAUGGUGUGAUGACUUUCCUUGCAAAGAAAAAAAUCAAGGAGAAUAGCUAAAUUUUAUUAUAAUUCACCACUUCACUGCUGAAUUCAAUGACAUCUGGAGUGGAAUUGAGGAUAAACUCAAUAAUUUGGAGGCGACUAAAGCUAUAAAUGACUAAUGAGGGAACAAAACGAAAGUUCAAAACGCUUUCUAUUUACAACUUCAUGUAAUCAACAAUCAGCAGCUUUCAUUGAGAUCGUAAACUAGUGGAUAUUAAUCGUGGCCAAAAGAUAUUGUAGAAUAACUGUUCAACUGAUUGCCUAUAGGCUGCUGACCUCGCAUUAUCAAAUGAAAAUUUAAACAAUGUGAUUAAAGCAUGUUCAAGCAUUCCAUUAAACCGUGUGCUGAGAGAUAAUUGAAUAUUUUCUCAAACAAGUCUCGUUUGAAUCCUAAAAUUCCCAAGUUGAAAAUUUAAAGAACAAUAAAAUCUAGUGUUGACCGGUUGAAGACUGUCCGGGGAGGAAAAAGGUUUGUCGCAAAAAUAGAUUUAGUUCUUACAAAAAAUCGUUAUUUUCUGGUGAAGGAAUUGACAUUAUUUCUAGCAUUACUUUUUCGUUAUUUGAUACUACCAGACGUUUUUUGCUCCCGAAAAAUGUUAAUUUUUUUGUGAAACAAGGGACAGUAAUUUUUCGCUUUGUCCAGUUAAUAAUCACAGAUGAGACAUUGAUUCUUACAUGAAAUUUGUUGCAAAAAAAAAUUUAAUUGUUUUGAAAAAUUGUUAUUCUCUGACAGCAAGAAAUAUUAGAUUUUGAAAUUAUUUGAAUUUCAAAGUCUCAAAUUCAAAUUUAAUAAUUUCUUUUUUGAUCAUUUUACCUUGCAAUUUUUUUGGUUCAAACAAGACUUGAUUGAGAAGAACAAACAAACUCUCAAAAAAAUCUAGUUUCAGCAGUAAAAAUCGCAAGUUGAAAAGUUUAAAAAAAAGAAAAUCUAGUUCUGACCAUUUGAAGACUGUCCUGGGGUGGAAAAUAUUUGUCGCAAAAAUCGAUUUAGUUGGCCCAAAAAAGCUAUUUUCUGGCCUUAAAUUCUGAAUCAAAAAAUUUCUUUUUUGAUGAUUUUUAUCAAGUUAUUUUUUUUAGUUCAAGCAAGACUUGUUUGAGAUGUUGUCUAUUUUUCCAGACAAAUCUAGUUUCAGCCCUAAAAAUCUCAAGUUAAAAAGUUUUACAAAAAUAAAAUCUACAUCUGACCAUUUGAAGACUAUCCUGGGAUGGAAAAUAUUUAUUGCAAAAAUCGAUUUAGUUGUUCCAAAAAAAGCUAUUCUCUGGCCUUAAAUUCUAAAUCAAACAAUUUCUUUUUUGAUGAUUUUUAUCAAGUUAUUUUUUUACUUUAAGCAAGACUUGUUUGAGAAGUUGUCUAUUUUUCCAGACAAAUCUAGUUUCAGCCCUAAAAAUCUCAAGUUAAAAAGUUUUACAAAAAUAAAAUCUACUUCUGACCAUUUGAAGACUAUCCUGGGAUGGAAAAUAUUUAUCACAAAAAUAGAUUUAGUUGUUCCAAAAAAUUGUUAUUCUCUGAAAGCAAGAAACGUUAGAUUUUGAAAUUGUUUGAAUUUGAAAGUCUCAAAUUAAAAUUAAACUAUUUUUAAAAAUAUAUUUUAAUGUGCGAUUUUUGGGGUUCAAACAGGGCUUAAUUGAGAACUUCUACAUUUUUCUCUCAGCAUACUCACAACCGAAUUUGUGACUCCAGUCACUGUCUCAACUAACGUCUAUUUUCUGCAUCUUUUACGUGUAAAAAACAAUUUUUCUCGAUCCAAAUGUUACUUCGCACUUUUGGAUGUAUCCAUUUAUUGGUGAUAGUUUCCAGAUCUUCUAAUAGGUAAAUUAUGAAUCUUACAUUGUGUGGAUUAUAAAAGUAAAGGAUUACGAGUGCACGGGUUUGCACGACUGACUUUCUUUUACUUUUAUUCACUCGAUAAUUGUAAGGAGAUAAAACUAUUGAAUUGUAUAUCAUUGUCGUAUGUAUAAAAUGUUACAGCUUAUAUAAAGUGUUUACAUAAAAAAUAAAUGAAAA